CGUCAGCUGUGCUAGUUUCCCUUUGUUUCGUGCGUUAUUUCAAUUAUACAAUGUAAAAUAUAAAUUGUGAAGGCUCUCCAAAGCGGUCGCGACUUGAAAUAAUUGUUGUCGGAUAUUGACCUCCUUAAAUGACAGAAGUGUGUAAUAAUAUUUACUUCUGAAGCUGCUGUUACAGUUCUUUAAAAUGAAGUUCAAGAUUAACAAAGGCUUAUUGCCUAUUAAGAUUCAUUUCUUCUUCUUCUUCGCUGCAUUGGGACCACUGCUCCCACAAAUGAAUGUGUUUGGCAAGCAGUUAGGGGUGUCGCCUUCUGUCAUGGGCAUGGUGACCGCGGUACUGCCCCUCCUCUGGGCUGUGGCUAAGCCUCUGUUCGGGUAUGUCGUGGAUUUCUGGCCGGCGCACAGAAAAUUAGUUUUUAUGCUCCUCAUCACGUUGAUGACGGGGUCCUACUGCAGCCUGUGGUUCUUACCAGCUCCUGACCCUACAGAACAACCAUUACUACAAUAUAUAUACAGCUUAAACGACACUAUACAUGUGAAAAAAUACGAUAAUAGCACUUCCCUAGAGAAGUAUUCCUGUCAAUGGAAUUGCACCAAUCACGACGAUAGAUUCGAAUUUUAUCUUUCGAAUUCCACGUACGUGAACACAGUUUACAUAGGCGGAGCCGUGAGCAAUGAGUCUUGCUCGCUCUUACACAUGAAUUUCGAGGAUGUUGAACAAGGACAGAUCACAUGUGUUCCAUUGAAAGACUGCAAUUUGUUGUGUUACGAUGAUUAUGUUAGAAAAAAAAGGGACGUCAGCGAUACGGAUGUUUUGAGCGAUGUUAAAAAUGAUUCGAAGAAUAUUUCGAAGGAUUUAGUUAUUAAUCAAGAGGAAAGUAGUUUUUAUAUGACUGCGACAUUUUGGGCGUUCGUUGUGCUAAUGUGUGUUGGUACAGUGGCGUUUAAUGUUGCCAACUGUAUCGGUGACGCUGUCUGCUUUGAUGUUCUGGGCUCCGAGGGGUCUAAGUACGGGCGGCAGCGCGCGUGGGGCACGGCGGGGUACGGCGCGACGGCGCUCCUCGGCGGGUGGCUCGUGGACGCGCGCUCCGCCGGCGGCCGCAAGGACUUCACGCCCGCGUUCCUCGUCGCCAUCGGCGCUACAGUUGUCGAUUUGAUCAGCUGUCGUGCAUUGACUUUGCCGUCUCUGUCCAGCCCUGACGACUCCGGCAAGGCUCUGCUGGCCGUCAUCAGAAUACCUAGGGUCCUACUGUUCAUCACAUUUGCGGUUAUCGCCGGCACUUUUGACAGCUUCAUCAUAUACUAUAUGUUUUGGUUUUUAGAGGAUUUAGCAGACGAAACAGGACACACGGGCAAAAUUAAACUCAUAGAGGGCGUUGUGGUCGCAGGGCAAAGUUUCCUGGGCGAAUUGUUGUUUUUCCAUUUCUCUGGUAAGAUUCUAAAACGUUGGGGGUACGGAACCACGAUGACUUUUUCACUGUUCUGUUACGGCGUUCGAAUGGCGUUAAUAUCCUUCAUUCAAAAUCCUUGGCAUUUAGUGUUUAUUGAGUCAGUAAUGCAAGGCCCGACAUACGCGUUGUGUUAUUCGUGUAUCGUGGGGUACGCGGCGCGCGUGGCGCCGGCCGGGUAUUCCGCCACUGUGCAGGGCGUCGUCGCCGGUAUGGACGACGGCCUAGGGUUCGCGCUGGGGUCUCUGGUGGGAGGGGUCCUGUACUCGCGGUGGGGGGGGCGCGGCUCGUUCCGGCUCCUGGCGCUGAGCGCGUGCGCAGCCGCGGCCGCGCACGCGGCACUCUUCCGUGUACUCGCACGCAACACUGAUCAAGAAGAAACGAAGCAACCGGUAGCAGCAGCCACUGUGGAAGAAGGACAAAAAAUGCUUCAGGAAAACCCAAAUAUGAUUUAUAAUGAAACUGUUGUACCAUUAAAACCUGAUUCUAGAUAACUUUCGCUUCAUAUUAGGCAGUUUUUUUAACCCCCGACGCAAAAAGAGGGGUGUUAUAAGUUUGACCGCUGAGUGUGUCUGUCUGUGUGCGAGACACAGACGUACGUAGCUCAUCGACGGGUGAAUCGAUUUGCGUUUUUUUUUAAUUUGAUAACCAAUUUUUUGCGGUGAUUCUUAGACAUGUUUGAUCAAAAUCGGUUAAGCCGUUCAAAAGUUGUAGCGAAAUGAAUGUUGAAAGUCGGGGGGGUUGUUUUAAUUUGUCUAACAAAUAUACUUGUGCAUUCACAGACAUCUAUCGCAAUAGAGUGUACAAGUGAAUGUAAAUAUGCGUGAUGAAAAAUAGCAGAUUUCGUCUUUUUUUCCCCCCACUUUGUUACGCGUGUCGGACGCCAUACGAUUAUUUAAGAAAUGUCAAAUUAAGCUAUAAUUUUUAAGUUUAAAACAUAAUACGUAAAAAUUAAUUUAUAUAUACAUAUAUGUAUAGUUAAGCGUAUACAUACAUUUACAUUAUAUAAUGUAUAGAUAUAUAUGUUAAAGUAACGGUGGUGGCUUUUAACAUAUUUAAGUCAUAAAAUCAUGUUUCAAGUUUGAGUAAUUUUUAUGCCCCAAAUAGAUUCGCGUCAUUAAUGCGGCAACACGCGUAUGUUGAUGGUUUUUGAUAGGCUAAAAAUCAAAACAAAUGAUUGGCAUAAAAUUUAUUGAAAUAAAAUUGGGCUGAACAGUUCCCCCGGCAGCAUCUGUUCACGAGAUGAGUCAAGGAUUUUGGAGUCAAAAAGCAUUUCUGGGUUGUCCGCAGAGCGUUUCGUAAGCGCGGCCGCGCGGUCGUUACAAUCCGUCGAUUUUCUCGAGGAAGGAAUCAUUUCCAAAUUUAAUCAUUCAUAAAUUUGACAUUAGCACAGUACAGAGUAAUUGAUGUAAAUUCGUAUAGUAAAAAUUAUUUUUGUCUUUGUUAAAAUUUGAAAAAUUGUAAUGACAGCGCGGCCGCAGCUGCCGAUACGCUCUGCGAACCAUCCUUCUAAUAUACUUUAAUGAGACCCUAAUAAUAAUCAGUCUCGUAAUCAAUAAAACUGAUCAAUUAAAGUGACAUGUAAUUAUUGUAUUUCGUUAUUUACGUAUAUGCAUUUUAUUUUAUAUCUAGUCAAAUAGACAAUUAUUGCCGUGUUUAUUAAUUAAAGUAGAUGUUGCCCGGGGCUUCGCUCCCGUGGGAAUUUCGAGAUAAAAUAUAGCCUGUAGCAAUCUUGGAUAAUGUACCUUUCCAAUGAUGAAAGGAUUUUUGAAAUCGGUUCGGUAGUUUCCGAGAUUACCCGCCACAAACUCACAAACGCUUACCUCUUUAUAAUAAUAGUAUAGAUUACAGUGUUUUUUUGAAAUCACGCGAUUCUAUCUAGGGCUAAUUAUAUUGUUAAGGUUUUAAAUGUGUUUAGCUACAAAUUGUUAUUGAAAUUUUGUUUUGUCUCUGUCACGCGUAUAUUGAAAUAUAUUUACAAAAAGAGACAACAUACUAUAUUCUAUGACAUUUUGUAAAAGCCACAUGGAGCAAAUCAACCUAAAAUUUUAUGAAAAUAUUCGAAAAUAAAUGUAAAAAAGACUGAUUUAAAAAAAAAAGAUGCUUUUUAGAUUCAUAAAUCUUUUUUAAAUUUAUUUUAAAAGCUUUUGCGCCAUCGAGUCUCGUUGCGAUACAGGGAAUUUGAAUAACUUUUUAAAUAUAAUGUUACCACAGACUACGGAACACAGAAAACAUGGAAGUGUCAUAGACAAAGUUACAACAGUACAGGCGUCGCCAAACGCACACAUCGAAUCAUAAUAUAUAACGGCAUAUUACGCAAAGCUCAGCGCAGAUGGCGCUACUGGUACAACUAAGGCACACAAACGUUGCCAAUGGAGGCAAAAAGCGCCAAUUUUCAAUAUCGUUGCAGAUUUACGACCAAAAAUACCUUCUACGUAAUCGUGAUGCGAGUUCAAAGGAAAAAAGAAGGAUUUAGUGGAUUAUCCUGAAAAUAAUAACACUAUUUUAGGUUAUGUUCUGCAUUAUUUGGUCAACUGUGGUCAUAAACUAAUAUAAACUUUAUUUUGACUGAAGAUCUUACCUGUAUGAAGACCAUAUUUUAAUAAUAAGUCUUCACGUGUGAAUAUUCUGAGCUUCUAUUCGACCAUUUAUUGUCUCGAAAAUUUUACAGCGUGAGGUGUUUCCAUAGCUUUCGAAUUUUUUUUAUCUUAUGGAAAACGAUUCUUCCCAAUAUGUCUGCACCCGAAUAUGCUACAUUGUUGUAUAUUUUCACAAACGAAUGCUUACAUAAUGAAAGGAUUAAUAAAGUACUCUAAAAUAAACGUUUUAAUCGACAUGGCAAAAGGCGUCAAAGCUUUUGUGUACCUAACAUACAGUGCUGUACUCGAGCGGGAUAAAUGUGCAGUAAUACUCCCUAUUGGGCACGAAAUUUAGUUAAACAUUCUAGUUUAGUAUUACAAAUUCUUUGCUCUGGGCGCUUACCAUCGUCUCUUAACGCGAACCACUUACCAUCGACUUAAUUUUUAGUAUGAAUGCGAUUCAUUUUAGGUUCCUAAAUUGAACUGAGUUGCAUUGGAAUCGUUCUGUAAAAGUUGAUGGUAAGCCUUCUGAAGUCGAUGUCGGCGAUUAAUCGCAUAACGUUGACACGCGACAUGCCUAGUUCACAUUUCUAUGUUAUCUGUGUUCCGUGGUAAAUACCCACACAUUUUUUAAAUGGUCACGCAAUCUAUGUUAUAUUUUCAACUGGCUUAAGUUUAGUUAUAAACAAUUUAUAUAUCUAAUUACUUAAUUGUUAGAUGAUUUCUUUUUUAAAUAUUUUAUAAAUUAAGAUCAUUUAUUCUUGUUGAAGUAAUAAUCUAAAUUAUUAUUACUUUUGCAUAUUAUAAGGUGUUCAAAGUUUAUAUAUCUAUCUGAAACAUGUUUUUAAGUUUUUUUUUUUUUUGGUUACUUUAUUUCGUUACACAUAAUGACUAAUAAAAUUUUUCGAAAACAAAGUUUCAAACUAGAUCGACAUAUGCAAUUUGGAAAUUAUAUAUAAAUACAUUGCUUUCUUGAUGGUAGACACACGUGUAUUGCUAUUUUUUUUUAUUAUUAAAAAGUCAUAAUAUAAUAUAAUAUUUAUAAAAAUAAUAUUUUUUUAAAUACCCUAGUCAUUAACGCGAACUUAAAUGAGUAACGGCUAUUUAGGAAUAAACCAAUUGAAUGCUAUCGAUUGUUGUCAUAAUCUUUAAUAUUAUUGUGCCAUAAGACCAAUAUUUAAAUGAAAAAUAUUGGCAAUGAUAAUGGUUAAGUGCCAAAAAGAAAUUUAUAAAUGUGACGGUCGCGUUUGACGCUAGCAUGCGGGUGAGAAGCGCUUUAAGGUGAUACAUAACUGCACACUGGCGCCACCAUCAAAUUGUUACCAAUUUCUUUUGUUUAUUAGCGAAAACUAAAAAAUCUCAUUCUACACUAGGUAAAGGAAUUCAUUGCGUGGUAGGUAUUAUAGUUUCUCACUCUACUGUGAAGAUUUUGGUGGCCACCGUUUUCUGUUUAGUAGACAAUGUGACUACAUUGCGUGAUUGAGAACAAUAAAUUCCUUUAUCUAGUGUAGAAUAAUUUGGAAAGAGGAUUUUUUUAGUUUUCGCUAAUGAACACAAGAAAUAGGUAAACAUGUGAUGGCGGCGCUAGUGUGCAGUUAUGGAUCACCUUAACAGGUUAUAAGUGUGUAGGUGCGUACAACCAUAUGUAUGUAUAAUAUGCGCGCAACUUUUCCCAAAAUCAUUGUGAAUUCGCCCCUAAUUAUCUAAGAUACUAAACAAACUUAUCUUGUGAUUUUAUCUUUUUGCUACUGUAUUUCUGUUUAAUAAAAUUACUAUAUUUUGACUCUGAUAAAACUGUAUAAUGUUAUUAUUAUUCGCUUAUUUAAAAUUACUAUUUUAAACUUAACGCCAGAAAGACAGCUUAUGUCAAUUUUUUUAGUUGUCAAACUACUGAAUGACAGUGACGCCUCAAGUCAUUUUCAUAACUGUCAGUUCGUUGAGGCUAGCGAAUUCGUCAGUGUACUUAUACCACGCCUAAUUAUAUUGUUUGAUUUGAAUAUAUUAUAUUUUCAAUUUA